UGACCUGGGAGGUCAGUUUAAGAUGUUAAUUUCCAGGAUAUUACAUAUCAAAUGGGCGGAGAACUGAAGACGUUUCCUCUGAGCUUGGACGCUGACAAUGACAGAGUCCGUCCAACAGAGCAACAUGACACAUUCUGGCUAUUUUCUAUGGAUUUUCAUCUCCUCAUGUGGUAUAAUUGCCGGUAAUGUGAAGAAUCUGCCUCAUGUGAUAAAGUACCAAACAGCGACACCUCAGAGGUUGCAGGGCAUGCCUCUUCCAAACGAUGUUGCUGCUGCACACAAGAAAAACCCAGAUGUAGUUCAGUACUCUGUUAGUAUUGCUGGGAAAAACCACACUCUGCACCUGGAGAAGAACAAAGGUUUUAUUGGGAAAAGUUUUGCUGUGACCUACAAUUCUGAUCAGGGUACCCAAGUUUCAACUUCCUCCAACCAUGAGGUAUGUCCAUUUCCUGUUUGCUGUUGGCAUUUUAUUUGGUAAACUUGAAUUAUAGGACAAAGUACUUAUUUUGGCUUGGCUUAAUAAGCAGCAGAAAAUUAUGCAACACUUUACAGAGAGCAAGAGAGAGAGAGAGAGAGAGAGUUUGGCCUGGCACUGAAUGCUGUCACAGCUUGUCUCUGCUAAAUGAAAGUGACAGGGGGUCAAAUUUCACUGAGCAGCUGUGGCACAUUGGUCAGUGUGUCCAAUUCAAAGUGAAGAAUGGACUCUCAGGACAUCCUGCAACAUGAAAAUACUUAAUUUUACAUGUCUCCUUAUGAGAUUAAUUAAUUAGUUUGUUUGUUUAUACAUUUAUGUUUUCCCCACAUUUUCUUAUGGUAAUUAAAACUAGCUAACUAACUAUAAGAUGUUAAUCUGGAUAGUUAGAGAACAAAAGAUCAAAAUACUGUUGAAACCAUCUCUGGAGAUAAUGAGGGAUGUUAUAGGAUUAAAAAAACAUGUAUGUACAGGGAAAUAAAUGAUCAGAUUCCUCAUGUUUCAUGUACAUGACUGCAUUUCUGGUAGAUGAUCUAACCUGACCUAAACUGAGAGGAAAUGUUACAAAGAACUGUUUGUGGGCUUUUAUGGUUGUUUUAUAUUUCAAAUGGUCACUUUAAUGUCUAUUUAUGUUUUUAUUACUGAGUGGUUGUCGUGUGGCAACCCAAUGAAUGCUAAGUGUUUUUUGUGCAUUACUUUAAACUGUUUUUCCCUUUUGUUUUAUUUUUACUUGUGUUUUAUGAUCUUCUUUUGAUAUUUCAUCCUGGUAUUUGUGUCUAUCAUGUGGGUUUUAUAUUACAGCAUCAGUAGCAGAGCUGUUAUAGCUCCACAAGCUGCUCUGUAAUGCACCAUUCAGCACUAUGAUAGGCUCUUUAUCCAUUGUGUAGCUUUUCAUUAUAAUUCCAGGUUCUUUUUAUUUAUUUUUAAUCAAAAUUAACAGAUGUAUCUUGCGUCAUGAUUGUAAUUCUUAAAUAUAUCUCGCAAAUAUCUGCAACCACAGUGAUGGAAAGAUUGUGCCUUCAUUUGUAUUCCGUUUAAAUAAAUCACUCAAACUAUUUAUUCUUUCGUGUUUUCAUUCAGAAGCCUUUUGUUUGGGUUCAAAAGUGGUUACCUAGCAACCUCUAAAACAAACACGAUAGCAGACAGCUAACGAGCUAAUUGUUUUACGCUCAGAGAUGUGUAUGGUUCUGGGAAUGGAUCGUUUACUUAGUGAGAAGGAAGAGCGGGAUACGCUUACCUGGAUAGAUAAAAUACCUUUCUCCAGGCCAAAAAAAAACAUCAGCAGGGACUUCAGUGAUGGAGUGAUGGUUGCGGAGAUUGUUGAGCAUUAUUUCCCAAAGAUUGUUGAGAUUCACAACUAUAUUACUUCCUGCAAGACGCAGCAGAAACGCAACAACUGGAACCUUCUCAAAAAGAAGGUGUUUUCCAAGCUGGACUUUUAUGUCUCAGAGGACAUGGUGGAGAAGAUUGUUUCAAGCACUCCUAGUGUGAUACUGCCAGUGCUGUUUUUCCUCAAGGAGAAGAUAGAGAAGAAACUGACAUUUUCAGAUGUAGAAAUUCAAAAGGCCGAAGCAGAAAUUGUGGCUCAACUGGAAAAGAUGAAGAUUACAGAGCCAACAGUGGUACCGCAUCAAGUGAUAUAUUUCACAGAGAUGAGCCUUUCAGCAACCCGGCAAGUCAUACUGGAAAAAGAACUUCAGAUUGAGGAACUUCAGGAUAUUCUGAAGAACCUCUGGGUGAAAAUGAGCAAGUUGGAGGAGCUCAUUCAAUUGAAGGACAAGCGCAUUGAACAUCUGACAAGUCUUUCAGAGAUGUAUUAAACUAAAUUAAUGCUUGCCAGUCCGUGAGUCACCUCCGGCUAUUUUUUUUUUCUUUUGCCACAUCGGUAUUUGUUUUAAGAUGUAAUUAUUAAAGAACAACUACCGUACAUGUCCGUCCUUCCUUUUAUUCUAUGUUCUAAACAUAUUUGGAUAUAAAACAUUGUACACCAAGAUGCAAGUUUUUGAUAACAUUUCAUCUUUUAAGCUUUUAUGUGACUUCCAUACACGUGACCAUAUAUUUAUAUGUGGUCACGUGUGUAUGUUAGUCGUAUGUGACUAUUUCUGUCUACAAUGUGGGGUUGUGAGGACCACUGGUCCUUGUGGCGACAUUUUCUUGGUCCCCAUGAGGGGAAAUGGUUUUGGACUAGGGUUUAUGAGUCUGUGAUGGUUAGGUUGAGGGUUAAGGUAAGUGUUAGGCUGUAGAAAAUGAAUGGAAGUCAAUGUAUCGUCCCCACAAUGAAAACACAACUAUGUGUGUGUGAAGUUAAAUCAAAGGAUGAUUCAAUGCAGCAUUUAAGGAUGCAUAUGCAACCAGAUCACUGCAGGCUUUUUACAUUUUUCUCUAAAUCAGUUUUCUAUAUCUGUUUUUCAGAUAAGUUGUGCAAAAGUCCUAAAAUAAUUAUUCUGGUGUCAUUUGUUACAUUACAUAAACAUCCCAUUUUAUACUUCGCAAUUGUCUGCAACCACGGUGAUGGAAAGAUUGUGCCUUCAUUUGUAUUCCAUUUAAAUAAAUCACCCAAACUAUUUAUUUUUUCCUGUUUUCAUUCAGAAGCAAUUUGUUUUGGUUCAGAAGUGGUUACCUAGCAACCUAUGAAACAAACACAUUACCAGACAGAGAUAAUUGUUUUACGCUCAGAGAUGUGUAUGGUUCUGGGAAUGGAUCGUUUACUUAGUGAGAAGGAAGAGCGGGAUACGCUUACCUGGAUAGAUAAAAUACCUUUCUCCAGGUCCAUAAAAAACAUCAGCAGGGACUUCAGUGAUGGAGUUAAGGUUGCGGAGAUUGUUGAGCAUUAUUUCCCAAGGAUUGUUGACAUUCACAACUAUAUUACUUCCUGCAAUACGCAACAGAAACGCAACAACUGGAACCUUCUCAACAAGACGUUCAGGUAAAAGUGAGGAAGUUAGAGAAGGUGAUUCAAUUGAAGGACAAGCGCAUUGAACAUCUGACAAGUCUUCUACCAAAGUAAAAUACAGCUAACCUGUCUGUGAGUCACUACGGGCUCAGCAGACAAAAACCUUGGUGUUUUUAUUUUUGUCUUUUGCCACAUCGGUAUUUGUUUUAAGAUGUAAUUAUUAAAGAAUAACUGCAUGA